CACUUCUUAAAAAGCGCGCCCCCUCCCUCAUGCUACACUUUUGGCAUCGUACCCCGCAGACACGCCGUCCUCCAAAAGAGCCAGCAACUUCACUCGCUCAGCUCUCUUGUUGUCAUCCGGCCUUAAUGAGAGGGAGACGUGUGCAUUGAGCCACUCGUGGUGGUGGUGGACGCUACAAAAAAAAAGAACAACAAACACACGUUUACGUGCGGACCGUGCUGCUUGUCUCGCAUUCUCCUCCCGUGAAUUUGAAGGAAGCACCCUCCCACAACGGAGACGACUGAUCAAAUCGAACAACGCACCCUAUAAUUCUCUGCACCUUUUUUCGCGAUAGCGUUGCCUCCAGAGUCGUAAUCGGCAAUUGAGAUACACUCUCUUUUGUUUGCUUGUGUCAUUUUUAUUCUAUUAAGUCGCGGUCAACAACAUCACCACAGGCGGGCGUAGUUCCACUUUCCAACUUCCAGACUUCGGAGACACUGAACAAGAAGAAGACGGCAACGAGGUUUUGGGACGUGCCUGCUUGAGCAUCUAUGAGCUCCGAUUCGUCACACUACAGUUUCAGGAUGCCAAAUAUAGGGUUCCAGAACCUGCCUCUUAAUAUUUACAUUGUUGUGUUUGGGACAGCCAUCUUUGUCUUCAUCCUCAGCCUCCUCUUCUGCUGCUACUUAAUAAGGUUACGGCACCAGGCGCACAAAGAGCUCUAUGCAUACAAACAAGUCAUUCAGAAGGAAAAGGUGAAAGAGUUAAAUUUGCAUGAGAUGUGCGCGGUUUGCUUGGAGGAGUUCAAGCAGAAAGACGAGCUGGGGAUUUGUCCGUGCAAACAUGCAUUUCAUCGGAAAUGCCUCAUCAAGUGGCUGGAAGUGAGGAAAGUGUGCCCGCUGUGCAACAUGCCCGUCUUACAGCUUGCCCAGCAGGCCGGGACCACGGAACAUGCCGUGCCCAUCCAGCAGCCUCUGCCCGGUGUCGAGAACCUGGUCUAGUGAACCUGAAGCCAACAUAAUGGUGACACUAUAAAACACACACACAUAUAUAUAUAUAUAUAUAUAUAUAUAUAUAUAUAUAUAUAUAUAUAUAUAUAUACACACAUACAUAGACAUUUACACAUUUACAUUUGUCUUUGUACACAUAAGUAAAAUAGUCGUCUGUACAGGUCCAGUUUGUUGUGGCUCGGCGGACCCACCUGGUGAAAAAGACAGUACAGUACAUUAUCUUCACAGGGACUCAAAGUUUUUCUUCAGCUCGCUUGGAUUGAUCAUCGGCUGGAUUAACUGUUUUUCUUUCUUCAUGGACACGCAAAGAACGUUGAUAUGGUUCUUAAACAACUUGUUUUUGUUUGUGGACAUCAGGAUGACGACGAACACAGCAGCCAAGAUCUAUAAUACACAAAAUACUCUUCUUUUUUGGGGGGGGGGUAUUUUUUUUAUUUUUAUUUAACAAGCACUUUACAAGAAGUCAAAACCCAAUUCCUUGCCAUUGUGGUAGCAAAGGUAUGUUUUAUAUCAGAUUUUUGACCAUUACUUCCAUGUUCAGCAUAUCGCCUCACAGGUUUUCAUUUUGUCGUCGGUAAACUUUGACGCAAAACAUAAUUCCCAAAGGGACCCAAAAAUACUUCUGGAAAACAUUUGGAAAUAGUCAGAUAUUUUCAUGACUUCACACACACAGUGCAUUCAUUUUAAAUGAAUGAGUUACACGUGCAAAACUUUAUCUAAAGUGCCGUCUUUUUAGUCAUUAUUAUUAUUAUGCAACUGUUUUGAUGGUUUUGUAUUCUGCAAGUCAAUAAGGGUUUCACUAAAUAAAGGACCAUGUCUCCUCAUAUAGCGGCUGUUGGGUGAAGGUGGCGGCACUAAUUUACAAUACUGCAGAGAGUAGAAGGCGCCAAUUAGCGGUCAGACCUUUAUUCGUAAGACUUAAUAAAUUUACACUCGAAAUAUUUUCAAAUGUUUAAUUACUAUAUUUUCCGCUCUAAAAGGCGCACUUAAAAGCCUUUCAUUUUCUUAAAAGCUCACAGCGCGCCUUAAAAUCCGAUGCGCCUUGCGUAUGGUCAUUACGGUAGUAUUUCAACCCCAAAAUGGCUCCUUGCUCAAGACAUGCUGACACUGCAGCGUUCAAACUUAAGGCAAUCUGUUACGCAGUUGAACACAGAAAUAGAGCAGCAGCAAGAGAGUUCAACGUUACCAAGUCAAUGUUAUAACUUGCUGUUGGUUCAUUGAACUGUGUCGCUGCUUUAUGAAAUCCGACAUCCGAUCGUUAUUUCUGUUGGUGUUUCCUUGAGCGUAGCUCCAUCUAGUGGAUGCAUUGUAGUUUGCGUCUUAUAACACGGUGUACCCAAAGUAUGAAAAAAAUUACAAAAUAGGCCAUUCAUUGAACGUGCGCCUCAUAAUCCAGUGCGCCUUUCAGUGUGGAAAAUACGGUAGUCAAUAUGAAAUGUGGAGUCAGACUAAUAUUUGUACGGGGGGAAAAAUUAUUAAAUUGAUGAAAUUUGGACAUGCAGGAUUUCUCCACAACAGCAACACUUUACAUGAUGUUAUUGAUCUUGUUUUUGACUUGCUGUUGAAAAUUUCUGGGCUACAUCUGGCAGCACAUUCGCUUUAAACCCCGCCAGAAAUGACAGCUUUAGAGUUACCUUGUCUUAGUAAAGGUCAUACCCGGGGAGCGAAGGAGGUGUUUGCGAUGUGGUGUUUAUUUUGUCAUUCAUUAAUUAAAGAGUGGUGUCAAUUAGAGUGAAGGUCAUUAUAUGAGGAAAUAUGGUACAUUUUGAUUUAACGACUUUUGUAGGGUAAUAAUAUCUGAAUAUGAUACACUGUUUUUGAAGAAAAUGAAGAAAACUGCAGUCCUUAAAUGUAGAAACACAACUUCACGUAGUAUGAAUAUUUUAAAUCGGCAUUAUAAAGUGUCGGGGCUUUCAAAAAAACAAAAACACUUUAUAAGCAUGAAGGCCACUUAUUGUUAUUCGUUCACCGAAACGUGUUAAAGCGGCACUAAAAAUGCAUCAGAAGUUUUGACUUUUCGUCUGUAUUUAUGGUUGAAAGGGAGUUGCCCCCUUGCUAGAGUCAGCGCUCACUGGAUGUAAUGAAGCAGCAUUUCCAUUCACGCGCAGACACACACUGAGGCGCACACACACACGUUCACACGCGGGAUGAAUCUUUCUCGAGCUUUCCCUUCUCUCUCUCUUUCUCUACCGUUUUGUUUGGACCACUGAGCCCUGCUUUUUUGCGUCCCUGGUUGUGAGCUCCACUCGCUAAAAGUGCUGACCACUUUCUAGAGCAGCAGUUAAAAAAAAAAAAACUAAACUAAACAAAAAACACACGUAAAGGCACAAUCAGUAACAUUCCAAAAGGUGAAAUGCAAUAAACGUUGAAGAAAAAACAAUCUGGAGUUCCAUUGGACCAUGUCUAUACCCAGAACAAAUAACACACAAAUUUGCUUUAAGUAUUUGACUGUCUACAAAUUGUUUUCAAAAAUAACCUGUGCAGAAAUACAUUUUUGAAUGAUAUAAGUGAUUAUCACAUGUAUAAGUGAGUAUUUGAAGUUGUGAUUUACUCAACUGUUGUUCAGAUGUUUAUAGAAAAAUGAAGCAGAAUUUCCAUUCAAAUGUCAUUUUAAAAAAAUGCCACAAAUGGCUAUUUUAUUUUCAAUAGUAAAUUAGUGCCUUGAGAUUUGAGUGACCCCGACUGAUGAGUUUUUCGAGACACAAGCUGCUGUUUAGCCAAUUUUGUGCUUUGACUUGCGAGCAAAAAGUCGAAAUGGGAGCAUUCAUGGUGGCUGUGAACUCGAUUAACUCACGUUACAUCAAGCACCCAUUUGGUAGAUGGUACGGAAUUGAAUAAAAUCAUGUUUUUGAGCUGUUUAUUGCUCCACCCAGUUCAAUUUUACGGUCAAGCUAAACAGAAAACAGAGAAUUUGUAUGUUUUGUCUUUAAAACAAUGGCAUGACCUUAGCUUAAUGCUAACACAUAAUGGGAGACGCCUUGAACCGCUUCACAAAUAGCAUCUAUGUUGUGGUGUGAUACUUGAACACAAACGGUGCAGCAACAUAUGCACACUGACAAAAUGAGAUUCACUGGUAUUGAAUAUUCUUUAUCCUCGUGCCACUUGUUAGGAUAAAGCGGAUUAGAAAACGGAUGGAUGGAUGAAGUUACAGAGUGCUAUUUUCCUUCUGAAACACCUCAUAAUUGCUUGUUUUCUUUUUAGUGGGGAGCCUGGUACAGGUUUAAAUGCGUUUGCUGAUGAUUUGACUCAGAUCUCAAGCAACCACUCUAAUUGGCCAAUAUGGCUAAUUUGAGGUGUAAGUGUCUCUGAACUGUUUUGGGAAAAUUAUUGAUUGUGCCUUUAACAACACUCUGUCAGAGUUACACAACACGCUUCCAUACUUUAGAAUGCAUUGUUAUAUAUACAAGGUGCCAUAUUAUAUGGACACAACUUUUUUGGUGCACAUCUAUACAAGUUCUUCUCAACAUUAGCCUUUUUUCAGAACAAAAACCGCAGCCACUGCUUCUUUCACCGUUGCCACAGGUGUCAAAACUCCGGGCCUCGAGAGCCACUAUCCUACCUGUUUUACAAUCUAAAUGUUUGAUGCCCCCCCCCCCCCCCCUCCAGCACCCUUGAUUCAAAAUGAGCAGCUCUACAGGAGCCUAAUUACGAUCCGGAUCAUUUGAAUCGGCUAUGCUGGAGGAGGGAGGAGGGAAACGUCUAAAACAUGCAGGAUAGUGGCCCUCGAGGAGCCGGAGUUUGACACCAGUACUUGAGACACAUUUUGAGGAAUUAAAUAGCUUAAUAUUGUUAUUCUGACUGUUGGCGAGCCACUGUCCCCACAGACCCACAGUUUGGGAAUGCCUGAUCAAAUGAAAUGGCAAUACAUUAUUGAAUGAACAAAAUUAGCAACAAAAUGGCAGUUUUUGUGACGCUGUGUGCUUCACUGUCUUCUUAUUUUAUUUUAUUUUUUUUAUUGAAAAGCUGCAUUACUUAACAAAUGUUACACAUACUCCCUCAAAACGCGAUUUUGUGUUCGAGUACUUGUUGUUCACUGGUAGCAAUGCAAGUCUUACGUCCUUGAAUGUAUCCUGCUUCGUUCAGUGUGAACGCAUGCUAACUUCUGCGUGUGUACUCUCCGUCACCUCUGUAACAUGUUUGCAAUGGUAGUGUCCUGAUGGCAUAAAAUGAUCUUGAAACGGGGUACAUGCAUACCACUUUUUUUUUUGUGAGAGACCCCACAUACCAUAAGCGAGAAAAAAAAACUAAACAAAACACCACAUGAUCAUAUUUGAAAUUUAACCGAUAAUCGUCCGUUUGCUGACUUUGAUGAAGAAGGAGUGACGUGGUUCAAAUUAGGUUUGAUUAUCAUUUAUGUGUCUCGUUCACUUUCCUCACCAUAGGAUAAUCUUCCAGAGACAUCUAACAAUUUGGCUUUUACUGUACUGACUUUGAUCAGAAAGGGUGGAAAUGGCUCAAAUUAGGCCUAGUGUCUCUGUAGUUGUCUCUCUCGACUGUUUUCCGAGUAAAUUGGGAAGAAAAAAUGACUUUUAAUGCACCCCAUGCCAUAGGAUAAUAUUAAUAAUUGGGCCAUUUCUGACUUUGAUCAGAAUGAGUGUUCAGAUCAGGUCCAAUUAAGGGUGUCUGUGUACCCCGCUUUAAGCGAUCAUCUCCUGCCAUAAAAAAAUGUUGCUUGUUAUUUGCGUGUUUUUUGUGAACGUCAAAUAUCCUAAUUCCAGUCCAAGUGCCAAAGGAGACAAAACAUUUUUUGCAAUAUUGAACAAAAAAGAUCGAAGAGAGCAAAGUGGAUGUCUGUACGAGAGCAGAGUUACCGGUAUUCUCUGAAUGCUUCAUCAAUCAAAUCAGAAUUUCAUUUGAAUCUCUGGAUGUUUAAGGACAAGCACACUUGUUAUUUAUUUCUCUGUAGCUUUGUGGUAACCAGAAAAAAACACAAUAAUAAUAAUGUCCAAUAGACAACAACCCUGCCUUUGUUGUUAACACAGAUGUUUUGUUUGUGGGCUUUACCAGACAUUGUGUGUCAAACUAAGAAUUCUGCAGCAGAAUAUUUUUGGAAAUAAUAAUAAUAGCUGUACAGCAUUUGUAAGCUCUAUUUUUGUAUAUUGCUAUUUUGAGAGGGAAAUAAUACUAUGAUUUGUUUGUUUGUUUUUUCAUGUUUUUUGGGAAGCUAAUUUCAUGGUUAUUCGUUUUCAAAGGAAAACAAUUGCAUGUUACUGACUUGAACUGUAUUAAAGUUUCUGAGAUUUGA